AUCUUAAAGUUUUACUUAAUUAAUAUUGCAUAUAGGAAUUUAUUAUCUGUUAUAUUUGACCUGUGCUUCUCUCUCCUUUAUCCUAAAUGUGUGCUCUCACUGAGCGUGUGUGUGUGUGCGUACUUGUCUGUGUACGUACGUGUGUGUGUGUGUGUGUCUCUGUGUCUGUGUGUGUUGGUGUGUGUGCGUGUUGUGUGUGUGGAGUGUUUUGUGUGUGGGUGUGUCUGUCUUCUGUGUUUUCAACCUUUUCUUGUUUUUGCAGGUACAACUUUGAUUGUUUUGCUUGUAGUCAAUGUGUCUCAUGUACAGCUGCUUUGUAACAAUGAAAAUUGUAAAAGCGCUAUAUAAAUAAAGUUGAGUUGAGUUGAGUUGAGUAAAAAGCGAAAUAGCUUCUUCAAAGUCUGGAUGCCUGCCUGUCGCACCCGCAACGUCAUUAAGCUGAAACACGCCUGCGCGGAAAGUACUACCACAACCACUCCAUGGAAAGCCUGCCACCUUAAGCUAAAAACUCGUAACAGCCAAUGCUAUUGGCGCGUGGAACACAGGCAAGGAGACUAGACACCGGAUAUGAUUGGCUGAGGUGCCUCUUGUGAUCGAUGUUAGACUUUAUGCUCCAAUUGGAUAAAGAGGAAAAGCUGGUUCGCCUUCGGGAAAGUCAGAGGCAGCAAGCCCAGCAGGCUGAGUCUGCUCUGGAGAACUUUAAGAAGCAGGUGGAGCUCAGUGCACAGAAGACAUACGCUGAUAUGAAACAACAGAUGGAGAAAGUGGAGGCCGAUCUGAUUCGCUCUAAAUCACUGAGAGAGAAACAGUUCAGAGAGUUCAGUUACCAGUUGGAGGAGCUUCAGCAGAGAUACGAGCAGCAGAUCGUGGAACUGAAACUGCAGCAUGAACAGGAGCGAACGCACCUACUCCAGACGCACAAUGCUGAGAAGGACAGCCUGGUCCAGGACCACCAGUGGGAAAUUGGCAGUUUGGAGAAGCAGACGAGGGCCGCCAUGGUCCAGCAGCAAACGCAAACCCAAGAAUUGAGGAAGCGCGACGCUCAGGUAGGGGGGUCUCUUCCUUUCCGCUGCUUUCUGUCACCAUUUUGUUUUGGUAUUAUGAUAAUGCUACCAUUUGUUCUUUUUAUCACUUUUUGCUGUGAAUUUGGCUAUCCAGCUGAGAAGCUCUUCCUCGCGGUGCCAUGCGAUGGUACUGGACACUCGGUGUACGGCUCGAUCCUCCUCCACCCCUGGCUGCCGGCUAUGGUUCCUCCGGCUGAGGGCAGCCGGCAGCGAGUCCCCUUCACGGUGGACGGCAGCAGGCUAUGCCCCAAGGCCAACGGCGACGAAGAGCUCUCCGUCCCACCCGAUGCAUACUUGCUCCAGCACCACCACUCGUGGUCUUCACUCUUCCAUGCUGCCCAACCUCUUCAGCACCGCGAUCAGCCUCGGCAGCGAGGGCUCUCCGACA